UUUCGGUUCCUCUCGAUGCUCCCAUUUAUUAUGUACGUGUACUCGCGCAUUGGAAAACGAAAGUCGCAACCUCCUGCGUGUGAGCAGAGGCGCAAGUGCUGGUGCUUAGUGUGCCACAGGUGGACGCUUGGACGACCCUCUCCCCCCGUAAACACGACCCGAGUGUGUCAGAUAUGAUGGCGGCCAGGGAUGUGGAGGAGGAGUUCAAAGAUGCGGAUCAGAUUGUAGCGCUCCCUAAUGGUGAUGCUAAUGAAAUGCUGGCUGUGGGGCAAGAAGACAACAUGCAGGGCCAGAUGGAGGAGUUUUUGGGUCCACAGGCAGAAUACAACGAGGAGGAGGAAGAGAGAAAAUAUUACAGGAGGAAGCGGUUAGGAGUCAUCAAGAAUGUUCUUGCAGCCAGCAUUGGAGCCAUGAUCAUAUACAGCGUAUACAUGGGGUUACUGCAGAUGCAGCUUAUCCUUCAUUAUGAUAUGACUUAUCGUGAAGUAAAGUACAGCAACCUCGGUCUAGAGGACAUCGAUCGGAAGAUGCUAAGGGGAAUCAACGUCACGCCCAUACUAGCCCUGCUGUACACGCCCAUUCUCAUCAGGUUUCUAGGAACAAAGUGGAUGAUGUUUCUGGCUUCAGGAAUCUAUGCAUUUUUUGUCUCGACCAAUUACUGGGAGCGCUACUACACCUUGGUUCCAGCUGCUGUUGCCAUCGGUGUGGCCAUUGUGCCACUAUGGGCCUCCCUUGGUAAUUAUAUCACAAGGAUGGCACAACAGUAUUAUGAAUACGUCAACUAUAAGGAAGAGCAUGUACAGGAGCAGAAGAAGAUUCCAAAAGGAGCGUGCCACAAAUACAUCAUCAUCUUCCAGUCAGUCUUCAGUGUCAUCUUCCAUCUGAGCUUCGUCUUUGCCGAGUUCCCCAUGAGUCUCAUCCUCAAUGGCUACAUCCUUGAGAAUGAUCACGUUCUCUGCAAUGUCAAAAGCUGUGGGGCCGAAGUCAGUGGUGUGAUUCCGGGAUUCAACACCACCAUCCUGAAAAGUCUACCACAGUCCAUGAAGCUGAUCAUAGUGGAGAGCGUCCUCAUGGUCUUUGCAUUCAUUUCCAUGAUCAUUUUCCUUGUGCUGUGUGGCGCCGCGUACCGCCCAACAGAGGAGAUCGACCUCCGUAGUAUUGGCUGGGGAAACAUCUUCCAGCUUCCUUUCAAACAUUUGAGGGACUACCGCCUGAGGCUUCUCUGCCCAUUCUUCAUCUACAGUGGAUUGGAAAUCCUCUUCGCCAUCAGUGGAUUCACCCUGUCCUAUGGCGUAUGUACUUUGGGCCUACAAAAACUGUGGCUCUUGAUUGUGGUCUAUGGGCUCUCCUGCUCCGUCUUCUCUUUCCUGUCCCUCGGCCUCCUAAGCCUCCCGCGCUGGGUGUGUCUGGCAGGAGGAGCUGCUGUGCAUUGGGUACUGUUGGUGGUACUCAUGGUGUUUUCGCCAUCUCCUCAACAACUGGUGUACGAGGGCCCUCUUCUGAUGAUUUCUGUGCUAUGGGGUCUUGGUACGGCCCUGAACAAGACUGGAGUCAGCAUCUUGCUUGGCAUUUUAUAUGCUGAGGAGAAAGAACGUCUCGACUUUGUCUACACAAUCUAUCACUGGUUGCAGGCCAUUGCCAUCUUUGUAGUCUACCUCUGGUCAGAGUUGCCAAUGAGGGCUAAACUUGCCAUCCUGUUAGCGACUUUACUGCUAGCCUGCUACUGCUACUGGGUGAUGGAGCGCCGCAUAGCCAAAAAAGAGCGCCAUAGGCUGCCCCGCAUACCUCGACCAAGGCACAAGGUCAAAGGUUAUCGCUACCUGGAAGAAGGCAACUCUGAUGAGUCAGAUUCCGAGAGAAGCGAGGAGGAUGACGAAAAUGAUGACGAGGAGCAAUUGGUGAAUGAGUUUGGAGCGGAGGACAUGGAGGCCGAACGCCAGGAUGUUGGAGCCCAGGGAGCUGACUCACUCAGGGCCAGGAGGAAGAGGCCUGAGAGUCACCAGCACGGGGGGGAGGACAGCCAUGUGACGGAGGGCCAGAGGGGGUGAAGAAAGCUAAAUUAGGAGAAAUAGCAGUCAGAGAAGCAAGCAAGUCGCCAUUUCAUCAUUCAUAAAAUCACCCAUAGCUUUCCAUUAAUGACCUAUUCAUUUGGUUAUUUUUUCCCAAGCUAUAAUUAGCAUCAGAACAGUGAUUCAGAUGAAAGGGUUGUGGAAAUGUGGAAUUUGUGUAUAGACCUUUUUCUACACACUUGUGUGGACUGAAAAUAUAUUUGUUUGUGUUUAUUUCUCGAUGGAGUCCUGCAUGGCCCCAGGCAUGUGAAGGUCAACUAAAAUCGGGAACAACGGUUUAAGACGAAUCAAUGCAUCCACUUCAAUAACAGUGAUAUGUGCUAACAUUCACCCUGGUAGUGCGACUGACAUUCGUAUGGUAAGCAAUAAUUGAAAUAAUGUCUACUGCUCAAUUCCCAUGGAUUGGUGAAAUUGAUUUCGUGCUGGACUUUAAGUUAUCAGUUUUUUUUUGGUUUAUAAUUGUAGUUGUGUUGGUCUUAGUUUCGCCUGUUCUUGGACAUUCCCUCUUGUGUCAGAUACUGCAUCCUCGUGUGUCUCUCCGUCAAUCCUUAGCUCCUCUUGUGUUCUUCUCAGCUGUGCCUUGUCUUUUCAUGAGUUUGAGUAUAUUUAGCAGCUGACAUGCUUUUGGCUUGUUGGUUGGUUUCCUGUUGGCCUUUUUGCCAAUCAUUUUCAUUGCUGUGUAUAAUGUUUGUUGCUGCCUUCUGUCGUUUGCAACGUUUUGGCGUAUUAAAACCAUUUUGAGUUGUCCUACCUGUA